UUAAACAUAAAAAAACAAGCCAAAUUAUUUUAAAAUGAUAUCAACAACAAAAUAUAUAAAAGAAAUAUGGAAAAAUUAUCACCAUUAUAGUUCUAGUUAAAAGUAGCACAAAAACAUAAAAUAUGUGAAAGGACGAGUAUGGUCAAAGAACCCUAUAAACGGCAAGGCACCCUAAGUCCCUAACACAGUCAAGGUCACCCAACGCAGGGGCAUUUCCGUCCAAAAACAAAAUAAACAAAAAGGGCGGGAAAACCCCAAUUGUUCUACCUCUCACAAAUCACAAUCCCCAUCUUCAUCCCGCCAUUUUCCCCCAUUUUUCACUCUUCACUCCACUUCCCUUCCUCUCACAUCUUCCCACUUUCUCUCUCCUCAAAAACUUGCCGGAGUUUCACCGGAUUAGGUCUACUAUGAGCGGCGAUUUCCGACGUCGUGAUCGGAAAGAUGACCGGAAUUGGAAGAAGAAGCAGCAGCAAUUGGUUCGAAGUGCUGAAGACGAGCUUGAAUCUAAGCUAGGGUUUGAUGUAUUUACUGAAGGUGAUAAGCGUCUUGGUUGGCUACUUACGUUAUCAUCUUCGUCACUUCAAGAUAAAGAUAGCGGGAAUUUGUACAGUUGCGUAGAUUUGUAUUUUGUUACUCAGGAUGGGUCUAGCUUCAAGGUGAAGUAUAAAUUUCGGCCUUAUUUUUACGCGGCCACAAAAGAUAAAAUGGAGACUGAUGUAGAUGCAUAUCUUAGACGGCGGUAUGAAAAUGACAUAGCCAAUAUAGAGAUUGUGGAGAAGGAAGACCUUGAUCUUAAAAACCACUUAUCUGGGUUACGGAAGUCAUACUUAAAGAUAUCAUUUGACACAGUCCAACAGUUAAUGAGUGUGAGGAAUGACCUGUUACGGGUUGUUGAUAGAAAUCAAACAAAGUUUGAAGCCGCUCAAGCUUACGAGUCUAUUAUCACUGGAAAAGGCCAGCAAAGGCCUCACGAUUUUGUUGAUUGCAUAACUGAUCUCCGCGAAUAUGAUGUUCCUUAUCACGUCCGAUUUUGCAUUGACAAUGAUGUGAGGUGUGGACAAUGGUACGAUGUCAGUAUAUCGAGCACAGGUGUUGUGCUUGAUAAGAGGAUAGACCUGCUGCAACGUGCUGAAGUUCAUGUUUGUGCAUUUGAUAUAGAGACUACAAAGCUUCCUUUGAAAUUCCCAGAUGCUGAGUAUGAUUUGAUAAUGAUGAUCUCAUACAUGGUUGAUGGACAAGGAUAUUUGAUUAUAAACCGAGAGUGUGUUGGGGACGAUAUAGAGGACUUGGAGUACACUCCAAAACCAGAAUUUGAAGGAUAUUUCAGAGUCACCAAUGUGAAAAAUGAGGUGGAGCUUUUAAGACACUGGUUUUCUCAUAUGCUAGAUGUAAAGCCUGGUAUAUAUGUUACAUACAACGGGGAUUUCUUUGACUGGCCAUUUUUGGAACGCAGAGCAGCCCACCAUGGCUUAAAAAUGAGUGAUGAGAUUGGUUUUCAGUGUGACAAGGUUCAGGGUGAAUGUCGUGCUAGAUUUUCUUGCCACCUCGAUUGCUUUGCAUGGGUUAAGCGAGACAGUUAUCUUCCUCAAGGGAGUCAGGGCUUGAAGGCUGUUACCAAAGCAAAAUUAGGUUAUGACCCAUUGGAGGUGAAUCCUGAAGACAUGGUUCGUUUUGCCAAAGAAAAGCCUCAGAUGAUGGCAUCUUAUUCUGUUUCUGAUGCUGUUGCAACUUAUUACUUGUAUAUGACAUAUGUUCAUCCUUUCAUAUUUUCCCUUGCUACUAUUAUACCCAUGCCUCCAGACGAGGUUUUGCGGAAAGGAAGUGGAACUCUUUGUGAGAUGCUAUUGAUGGUCCAGGCAUUCAGUGCAAAUGUUAUCUGUCCUAACAAACACCAGUCUGAGCCAGAAAAAUUCUACAACAAUAAACUCUUGGAGAGUGAGACUUACAUUGGUGGUCAUGUGGAGUGCCUCGAGAGUGGUGUUUUUAGAUCCGAUCUUCCAACUAGUUUCAAAGUCGACCCAUCUGCGUAUCAGCAACUAAUUGACAACCUUGAUCGUGAUCUGCAAUAUGCUAUUAAAGUGGAGGGGAAGAUGGACUUGGAUUCUGUUGCAAAUUACGAUGAAGUGAAGGGUGCAAUUAAGGAAAAGCUUUCUUGCUUACGAGAUGAACCUGUACGCGAAGAAUCCCCCUUGAUAUAUCAUUUGGAUGUUGCUGCUAUGUACCCUAAUAUUAUUCUGACAAACAGGCUUCAGCCCCCAUCUAUAGUUACAGAUGAAGACUGCACUGCUUGUGAUUUCAAUCGCCCUGGAAAAACUUGUCUACGAACUCUUGAAUGGGUCUGGCGUGGAGAAACUUACACGGCAAAGAAAAGUGAUUAUAACCAUAUAAAGAGACAAAUUGAAUCUGAAUUGGUGGAUGGCAAUAAUGGGCAAUUUUCUAAGUCUUUCCUUGACCUCCCAAAGGCAGAUCAACAGUCUAAGCUAAAGGAACGUCUUAAAAAAUACUGUCAGAAGGCAUAUAAGCGGGUUCUUGACAAGCCUUCUACUGAGCUUCGAGAAGCUGGGAUCUGUAUGAGGGAAAAUCCAUUUUAUGUUGACACUGUGCGCAGCUUCCGAGAUAGAAGAUACGAGUAUAAAGGACUCAAUAAAGUUUGGAAGGGAAAGCUGUCUGAAGCUAAAGCUAGUGGAAAUCCUAUUAAGAUCCAGGAAGCACAGGAUAUGGUUAUCGUGUAUGAUUCCUUGCAGCUUGCUCAUAAGUGUAUCCUAAAUUCCUUCUACGGAUAUGUCAUGCGCAAGGGUGCUAGAUGGUAUUCCAUGGAAAUGGCUGGGGUAGUCACCUAUACAGGGGCCAAAAUCAUUCAGAAUGCUCGAUUAUUGGUUGAAAAAAUUGGUAGACCACUUGAGCUAGACACAGAUGGAAUCUGGUGUGCAUUACCGGGGUCAUUUCCUGAGAACUUCACAUUCAAAACAAAAGACUCAAAGAGGAAGCUGACAAUCUCUUAUCCUUGUGUUAUGCUCAAUGUAGAUGUAGCAAGAAAUAACACAAAUGAUCAAUACCAGACACUAAAGGAUUCUGUCAAUAGAACAUAUGCAACACAUAGUGAGUGCUCAAUUGAGUUUGAAGUGGAUGGCCCUUACAAGGCAAUGAUAAUUCCGGCCUCCAAGGAAGAAGGGAUCCUGAUAAAAAAGCGGUAUGCAGUUUUUAAUGACGAUGGAACCCUUGCAGAGCUUAAAGGUUUUGAAAUCAAGCGCAGAGGUGAGCUUAAGCUCAUCAAAGUUUUCCAGGCUGAGAUGUUUGACAAAUUUCUUGAUGGGUCAACUUUAGAAGAGUGUUAUGCAGCAGUUGCCGCAGUUGCUGAUCGCUGGCUUGAUCUUCUUGAUAACCAAGGGAACGAUAUUGCAGACAGUGAGCUGCUACAUUACAUUUCCGAAUCAAGCACAAUGAGUAAGUCUUUGGCUGACUAUGGAGAACAGAAAUCCUGUGCAGUGACCACUGCCAAGCGUCUUGCUGAUUUUCUUGGAGAUACCAUGGUCAAAGAUAAAGGGCUUCUCUGCCAGUACAUAGUUGCAUCUGAGCCAAAGGGAACACCAGUAAGUGAGAGAGCAAUUCCUGUUGCAAUAUUUGAAACUGAAACGGAACUUAUGAAAUUCUAUGUGCGGAAAUGGUGUAAAACUUCAUCGGAUGUUGGCAUUAGAUCCAUCAUUGACUGGUCUUAUUACAAGCAGCGUCUGAGUUCAGCCAUUCAGAAAAUCAUAACCAUUCCAGCUGCAAUGCAAAAGGUUGCCAACCCUGUACCUAGGGUAGUUCAUCCUGACUGGCUGCACAAGAAAGUUCGGGAAAAGGAAGACAAAUUCCGCCAAAAGAAGAUAAAGGAUUUAUUCUCUUCUAAGCGGGAUUCUAUGAAAAAAACUGAUGCAGCUUCCAACUAUGCAGAUAAUGGAAUAGAUAAACAUAAAGUUCCAGAUUUGGAGGACUUUGGAAACUCAAGUGGAACUGGGGUUGGCAGUAGACCUGUUGUGCAUAGCUAUGAAGUAAAUGGACAGCAUUCAUUGCAUACGACAGCCUUAGAUCACCAAAGUGAUCAUGAAUGCACAUAUUCUCAGGACAACAGUUUUAUCGAAGUAGAUAAGAGUGAAGACUAUGCAGGAUGGCUUGAGCAGAAGAAGCGAAAGUGGAAAGAGAACCGAGAGAAACGAAAGAGACAGAGGUUAUCUAAUGCAAAGACCCCAAAACAAGGUACUGGUGUUUCUGAGUUACAUGAGAGUUUGACUAAUCAGAAAAGAAACCUGGGAAAAACCGGAGUUACUUCAUACUUCAGAAGGCAGGAAUUGUCUCUCACUAGCAGCUACUGGCAGGUUCUGCAGCUUGUCCCAAGUGAUUGCCCUGGUCAAUUUUUUGCUUGGGUCAUUGUGGAAGGCAGCAUGCUUAAGGUUCCAGUUACUGUUCCUAGAGUGUUUUAUCUCAACUCCAAAGCUCCAAUAACUGAAGAAUUUCCUGGAAAACGUGUUAACAAGAUUCUUCCUCAUGGACACCGCAGCCACAACCUGAUUGAGAUAAUAAUUGACGAGAAAGAAUUCAGAGAAGAGAGCAAGAGACUUAUGGCUCAUCUUGCAGAUCCAGAAGUGGAGGGUAUUUAUGAAACCAAGGUGCCACCAGAACUAAAUGCUGUCCUCCAGAUUGGAUGUGUCUGCAAAGUUGAUAGAGCAGCUAAGAAACGAAAUCUUCAAGCUAUCUGGAGCCUAAAUGAACUGCAGAUGAAGACCACAGCAGAAUGUCGAUAUCUGGAUAAUUCUCUCUCCUUCUUUUACUUGUAUCACAGUUGCUGUGAAGGGCGAGCGGUGUAUGGCGGAUAUUUCCCUGCAGCUAACAUGAUUUCCUUUGCUGUGGUGGAUCCCCACCAGAACAGAAGUUUGAAUCCCACUAAUAUUAAGAGAUUUUAUCAUGAAGUUUGUCAAGCUUUAUCCGUUGAAUCUUCAAUUUCUCAGGGUGUCAUGUCAUACAAGGUGGACUAUGUUGUUCAAAAUGAUGAAGCUGAAAGGAUCAUGCAGAAAUUAAUAAGUGGACACAGGCCGCACAAUCACAGACCUUGCCUUGCUAUUAUUGAAUGUCCAAAUGUUCAUCUUUUGAAGUCAGGUAUACAAGUAUUAAAUGAUCUUCCAUGUGUGAGCAUCCCUGCCAAUGCUCGUGAUAGUCACUAUCCGGCUCUUGGUUGGCAAACUGUAGCUGCAAAAAUUGCUCUGCAGAGAUGUGCAGCAUCAUCUCAAUGGCUAAAUGAGAGGAUAUCUCUCUCAAGAUAUGCACAUGUACCCCUGGGGAAUCUUGAACUUGACUGGAUUAUAUACACUAUAGAUGUAUUCUUCUCAAGAGCAUUACGUGACCACCAACAGGUACUUUGGAUUUCUGAUGAUGGACUUCCAGAACUUGGUGGCUUUAGUGACGAGGACGGAUGCUUUGUUGAUGAGGUCAAUCAACCCGUUCUUGUUUAUCCUGGAGCAUAUAGAAAGGUUUCUGUGGAGCUAAAGAUCCAUCACUUGGCUGUGAAUGCCCUUCUGAAGAGCAGCCAAAUUAAUGAAAUAGAGGGCAGUGGCUUACAUGGUUUCGAGCAAGAUACAGAUCCUGAUACCUGUACAUCAAGUGAGCAAUAUGAGUUUGACGAGUCAACUUUCUGUGGACCUGCCUUCCGGGUUUUGAAACAACUUGUACAAAGAUGCCUACAAGAUGCAGUUACGUCAGGAAAUGUUUAUGCUGAUGCAAUAUUACAACAUCUUUAUCGCUGGCUUUGUAGCCCGCGGUCGAAACUUCACGAUCCAGCUCUAUAUAGAAUGCUUUGCAAGGUUAUGCAAAAGGUGUUUGCAUUGCUUUUAGCAGAGUUUCGCAAAUUGGGUGCUACAGUCAUUUUUGCAAAUUAUUCCAAGGUUAUAUUAGACACCGGAAAAGCUGACUUAGCUGCAGCCAGGGCUUAUUGUGAUAGUUUGCUAAAAGCACUCCAGACAAGGGACUUGUUUGAGUGGGUUGAGAUUGAACCAUUGCACUUCUGGCAUUCCUUGCUUUUCAUGGAUCAGUACAAUUAUGGAGGAAUACAGGCCAAAGAUCAGGAUGAAUCUUCUGCCAGCAUUUCUGCAUCCUCUAGCAGAUGCUUACCUGGUGAUCUUCAAGUAGACAUUGUGUCCAGUUGGAAUAUUGCUGAACACUUGCCUAAAAGUACUCAAGACCAUUUUGUUGUGAUGAUCUCCGAGUUUAUGUAUAAACCAUGGGAGUAUGCUCUAAAUCAUGCAGCAAAUGAAACAUUUCUUGGGGAUGGUGACUUGUGUACACCAUCGAUCACAGCUCCAAUUGCUGAGAAGUUUGAGUCACAUAUGACUGAAUAUCUAAAAGAUCAGAUCAGCUCUUAUUUCUCAGAUAAACUAUUUAUGGUUGUCCGUGAGAUAACUCAUCACUCAAAAGGAAUGAAGAGGCCUCAGAAUGAUGAUGAUUUGUUGCAAGUGGACCCUCAGCUAACUGGGCAGGCUCAUACAGAGGGUGUUGCUUUGGAAUUUAUCAAACACAUUUGUGCUGUUUUGGUUUUGGACCAAAAUGUUCAGCAUGAUGUACUGGUCAUGAGAAGGAAUUUGCUUAGAUUAAUACAUGUGAGAGAGUUUGCUCCAGAAGCAGAAUUUUCUCCUCCUCUACCAUCUUUUGUAUUACCAAACAUCGUUUGCAGCUAUUGCAAUGAUGUCCGAGAUCUUGACCUGGGAAGGGAUCCAUCACUACUCACGCAGGAGUGGCGAUGUUCAAUGCCACAAUGCGGGCAGCCUUAUGACAGAGAAAAGAUGGAAAAUUCUCUUCUUCAAAUAGUGAGGCAGCGGGAACGCCUUUACCACCUGCAGGACUUGGUAUGUGUCAAGUGUCAUAUGGUGAAAGAUAGUCACUUGACUGAGCAAUGUAAAUGUGCUGGUGCUUUUAAGUGCCUGGAAGACGCGUCAGAAUUUCAUAGAAAAAUGCAAGUUUUCUAUAAAAUAGCUGUGCAACAAAAUUAUCAACUUUUAAGAGAAUGUAUCUCUUGGAUUUUAGAAAUUAGAUGAUCCUAGUUAUAUAAUUUAACAUAGUUGAUAGUGUAGUACAUACGAAAUAGUUUUACUUGUGCUUCAUAGAUGUGUACAUAGCUAUACAUUUGUGUAUAAAAUGUUCUGAGUAUUCUUUUCUAGGCUAAUGUAUCAUAACUCUUGAUUAUUCCAAAUUUUAGGCAGAAAGCUUUUGCCCACUCUUUUAUGGGCAAAUUGGUUCUAGUA